UAUAAAAAAUUGGGAAAUAGUCUCUCAAAUAAUGGAGGUGAAGUGGAGAGAGAGAGAAGAGAGACCAAAAACUCGAAAGAACCAAUGCUUCUUUUUACCUAUCUCUUCUCUUCUUCAUCUGAAUCGGACUUUUGUCUGCACAUAAACUGAUUGAUCAUUUUGUUAACAAGAUCAAGUAAAAGAGUCUUUGGAGUGUUUGUGUUCACUUCUACUUGUAUGACAGAAGAAGAAGAAGAUAGCUCAGCAAAAAUGUCAGAGGAUGUUAAGAGAUAUCUCAAGUUGGAUACACGCUCCUCCGCCGCCGCUACUUCUGAACCACCUUGCUCCUCCUCCUCCUCUGCUUCUGCAUUGGCUAACAACAAGUCCCGAAAUUUCAAAUCUUUCGAGCCGCCCUGUCCAGACCACGUCCUCGAGAACGUUCUUGAAAACGUGCUUCAGUUCCUCACUUCCAGAUGCGAUCGCAACGCCGUCUCAUUGGUCUGCAGAUCGUGGUGGCGUGUCGAGGCUCAGACCAGAUUCGAGGUUUUUAUCGGUAACUGUUACUCGCUCUCUCCUCUUCGGCUUACUCACCGGUUCACGCGUGUUAGGUCUUUAGUGCUCAAAGGGAAACCUAGGUUUGCUGAUUUUAAUCUCAUGCCUCGUAAUUGGGGAGCUCAGUUCGCUCCUUGGGUUGCUGCCACUGCCAAGGCUUACCCUUGGCUUGAGAAGGUCCAUUUGAAACGCAUGUUUGUUACUGAUGAUGAUUUAGCUCUUCUUGCUGAGUCGUUUCCUGGCUUCAAGGAGCUUACUUUGGUUUGCUGUGAAGGUUUUGGGACUAGUGGUAUCGCUGUUGUUGCUAACAAAUGCAGACAGCUAAAGGUUCUUGAUUUGCUGGAGUCUGAAGUCACCGAUGACGAGGUGGAUUGGCUUUCUUGUUUUCCUGCGAGUGAAACGCAUCUGGAGUCUUUAUCUUUUGACUGUGUUGAAUCCCCUAUCAAUUUCAAGGCAUUGGAAGAGCUUGUGGUUAGGUCACCGUUCUUGAAGAAACUUAGAACGAACAGGUUUGUUUCCCUUGAAGUGCUGCAUCGACUAAUGGUUCGAGCACCGCAGUUAACGAGUCUUGGGACGGGCUCAUUCAGUCCAGAGAAUGUGCUUCAGGGUGAACAAGAACCGGAUUAUGCAGCUGCUUUUCGUGCUUGUAAAUCCAUAUCUUGUCUCUCAGGAUUCAGGGAUUUAACGCCGGAGUAUCUCCCAGCUAUCUCUCCAGUUUGUGCUAAUCUCACCUCUCUUAACUUCAGUUAUGCUAACAUUUCUCCUGACAUGCUCAAGCCCAUCAUACGCAACUGUCACAAUAUCCGAGUCUUCUGGGCUCUUGACUCGAUAUGCGAUGAAGGAUUACAAGCAGUGGCAGCAACAUGCAAGGAGCUUCGUGAGCUUCGGGUUUUCCCUUUCGAUCCUCGUGAAGACAGCGAAGGUCCUAUCUCAGGAGUAGGCCUCCAAGCAAUUUCAGAGGGAUGUAGAAAACUAGAGUCUAUCCUGUACUUCUGCCAGCGGAUGACUAAUGGAGCUGUAACAGCAAUGUCUGAGAACUGUCCUCAGCUUACGGUGUUUAGGCUUUGCAUUAUGGGUCGCCAUAGGCCUGACCAUGUGACGGGAAAGCCAAUGGACGUUGGAUUUGGUGCCAUUGUUAAAAACUGCAAGAAGCUAACCAGACUUGCAGUAUCUGGGUUACUGACAGAUGAAGCUUUUAGCUAUAUAGGAGAAUACGGGAAACUGAUCCGUACGCUAUCUGUAGCUUUUGCUGGGAACAGUGACAGGGCCCUGAGAUAUGUUCUUGAGGGUUGUCCUAAACUGCAAAAGCUUGAAAUCAGGGACAGUCCCUUUGGGGAUGUUGGGUUGCGUUCUGGUAUGCAUAGGUAUUGCAAUAUGAGGUUUGUUUGGUUGUCGUCAUGUGUCUUAUCCCGAGGAGGCUGCAGGGAAGUUGCUCAUGCGCUGCCUAAUGUAGUGGUGGAGGUGUUUGGGUCAGAUGAUGAUGAUGACGAUGACACAGUCACUGGUGAUUAUGUUGAGACAUUGUACUUGUAUCGGUCCCUUGAUGGCCCAAGGAAGGAUGCUCCAAAGUUUGUAACAAUUUUAUGAAAACAAAAACUUGGGGGGUGCAAAUGAGGCCAUGUUUGGAUGGAGAAUGUGUUUGUAAUUUUGUAAGUGUUUCAGAUACACUGCUUGUUUACCGUUUGGUUUGGUUGGUUGUGUAGCCGCGAAGGAAGAAAAGUUUAUGAGAAAUCAACGAAAGAAUCAAUCGUCUUA